CAUGGCUCCCUUGAAUUUUCGUGAUCUCUCAAAGAGUGUUUUGUUCUCUUGCCAAGCGCGCGAGUGAGUGAGAGCGAGGGGAAAAAGGGGAAUUUCGGGAUUGUCAAUGCGCGCGGCUGGGGCGUAGAAUCCUUGGCAGCGGCCGCUAGCUGGAGUAGAUGAUGCUGCAAUUCGCGCUGAAAGAAGAGGCCGGAGCUUGCGAUGAUGAUGCCGCGUUUGUCCUGUUGCUCUAGCGAUGGAUCUCUAGAAAUUGGCCAGACGCCACAGCGCUAGAUCGUGAGCGCGCGAGCACACAAGGGAUCGAUAGCGUCAGGCGGGCUUUGGGCGCGCAUUGGAGUCAGGGAUUCCACUUGGCGCCCGGGACGAAGAUGUCGAUGGUUUCCUAUGGCGCGCCAAGCGUCGCGCGCGAAGAAAAGUAGCGUCGAGCCGGAAGACCGCUGGAUUGCUGCGCUAGAAAAGGCGUGGAUCGCAGAGAAUUGGAAAGGCGAGCGAUCGCAGCGCAUGAACCGUCGAUUUGAAUAGUUAGCUGUUCUUGCAAGAACAAGAGAGAGAGUGAGAGAGAGAGAGAGAGAGAGAGAGAGGAGUCGAGGGAGGGAGGAAUUCGAUCUCGGGGAGGAGAUAUGAGAGGAGCUGGGAUCGCGACGGUGCAGCAGACGCUCACAUCCGACGCAGCGGCGGUGCUCAAGCGCGCGAUCGGUGAUGCCCAGCGCCGCGGGCACUCCCAGGUCACUCCACUCCACGUCGCGGCCAGCCUCAUCGCGUCCCCGGCCGGGAUGCUCCAGCACGCUUGCAUCCAAUCGCACCGCCAGGCGCCGCAUCCACUGCAUUGCCGCGCGCUGGAGCUGUGCUUCAAUGUCGCGCUGGAGCGAUUGCCCGCGGCCAACGCCCAGAAUUCCUCCUCGGCGGACAGCGGCAAUCUCUCCUCCAGCGGCGGACAAUCGAUCGCGACGCUGUCCAACGCGCUGGUGGCGGCGCUCAAGCGCGCGCAAGCGCACCAGCGCCGCGGAUGCCCCGAGCAGCAGCAAGUGCCGCUGCUAGCCGUGAAAGUGGAGAUGGAGCAGCUCGUCAUCUCGAUUCUAGACGAUCCGAGCGUGAGCCGGGUGAUGCGCGAGGCCGGAUUCUCGAGCACCCGCGCGAAGAACAGCCUCGAGGCGGCGCUCCAUCGCCACCAGCCCGUACCACCCCUGGCCGAAAUUGGCGAGACCUUCCGUACUGGCCUUGGGCCGUGCUCGAUCGAGAAGCCCAGCUCCAGCUCCAGGGAGGCCGACGCCGCCAUCGCCACGCUCUCCAGGCGGCGCAAGCGCAAUCCAGUGCUCCUGGGCGACGAUGGAGCCGCGAAUUCGGUGCUCAAGGAGCUCGUCUCGCGGAUCGAGGGCGAUCGCGAGCUGCGCGACGCGAGGAUCCUGUUCGUGGAGCGCGGAUUUGGGUUCUCCAAGGACGCGACGCAGCGCUCGCUGGUGGAGAUCUCGGCGGCGGUGGAGGAGUGUGGGCGAGUGGUGGCGGUGCUGGGGAGCUUGGCGUGGUGCGUGGAGGUGUCGGCUAUGGCGAAUGCGGUGAUGGGCGAUCUCGCGAAGAUCCUGGACAGGGCCGAGAGUAAGCUCUGGUUGAUCGCUACCGCGAGUAGCCAGUGCUACAUGAGGUUUCUAGCGCAGUACCCAGCGAUGGAGAGUGGGCUGGGAUUCCAGCCAUUGCCCAUCUCCACGAACUCCAUUCCAUCUAUACGUCCAAGGUUUUCACUCGUCGAGAAACACGAACAGUCCUUUCCCCGCUUCCCAAAGAUGCUGUUCAAGCUACCAGACGAGCACCAUAACUUCGAGGAUGUACGCUGCUGCGUCGAGUGCACUGCCAAGCUCGAGCACGAGAGCCUUGUGCUGCUCCAGGAGCGUCAAUCCAAGACGGAGUCUGUGCAGUCGAGCUCCGGAGUCGAAGGCCUCCCGUUUUGGAUGACGAGAAACAAUCACACAAUCACCUCCAAGCCGAUCACACCACAGGAACCCACGCAACUCACGCGAGAGCUCCGAAAGAAGUGGAGCCGAUACUGCCAACUUAUGCAUUCCAAGAGCUGUCUGCCAUCGUUGCCAAACUUGAUCGACAGCAACUCUUCCUCGAGCCAGACUUCGAGUCCAAACGGGAAGAUCCAGCAAGCUUCCAGGGGCCUCGACUUGAGUACCAAGCCAGGCCUCGCCAGUGCCAAAGCGACGUCCUCCAACUGGCUAUCGCUCUCGACAGUUACCGAAUUGAGGGACUCAAGCGGUCCGGCUUUGUCUCUCGGACUCGGCAGCUCGGUUGACAAGCCAGCCAAGAACAUCACCAAAGCUUCCAAAGUCACGACUGAACUAGCGCUUGGCACACCGAGCGUUCUUCUCGAGUCUCACCACGAGAGGCUCCAGGACACAAGCGGGUGCAAGCAGAGCUCGGUAGACGCGUCCAAGAUCAGGAGUGUGGAAAUCGACGCAGCGGUGUCUUUCAAGAGCCUACACAAGAAACUCUGCGAGAGAGUCCCGUGGCAAAGUGACGCUGCUGGUAAGAUCGCUUCCACGGUUUCCCAGUGUAGAGCCGGGGACCGGAAGCGAGGAUCCAACGUGAAAGGCGAUGCAUGGCUGCUGCUCACGGGGCCGGACGUGAUGGGAAAGAGAAAGAUGGCGAAGGCUCUUGCGGAGCUCUACAACGAUGGCAGGCUGGUUUUGAUAAGCUUGAAUCCGCGGAGGAGGAGGAGCCGCAAGAGUGCGUGGGAGUCCGAGGCCGAGCAGCAGGAUGGCUUGAGCAGCCGGGGUCGGACUGUCACGGACAGGAUAGCCGACGCGGUGAAGCUCAAUCCAUUCUCGGUGUUCUUGCUCGAGGAGUUUGACAAGGCGGACGCUGGUGUCAAGGCGGCGGUGCUCGGCUGCAUCGAGCGAGGGAAGAUCCAGCACUCGAGCGGGAGAGAAGUGAGCUUUGGAAACACGGUGACUUUGGUGGCGACGAGCGCGGGCGAGGAGGCGAGAUCGGGCCUAGAAGAGAGGCUCGAAGGUGUUGAGCCGCGGGAGAUCCGAGUGGUGGUGGACGAGCAAGAAGUUACUGCUACUGGCAGCGAGAUGGAGGUGGAAGAAACGAAGAACAGCAUGGUUUCAGUAAUCCAGUUCAAGCAAAGUGGCGAGGAGGAGAUAGUUUUGGUUGGCGAUGGAGAAGCUGCCAUCGUUGGCGAGAAGAGAAAGUCGCGAGUGAGAUGGGGGGAGAAGCUGGCGUGCUUGCUCGAUCCGAGUGGAACUAGGAGGAGCAAGGUGGCUGGACUAGACUUAAACUUGGGACUCGGGUGUUCCUCCUUGGAGUGUGAAGAUGGUGGUGGUCACUUUGAUGAGGUGGUUUGCUUCCGGGAGUUUGAGGUGGAGUCCACGGGAGAGAUUGUGAUGGAGAGAUUGGAGAGGAUGGCUGGGAGCUAUGGAGUUUGUGUGAAGGUGGACGUGAGGGUGGUGGAGAUGAUGAUGGGGUUUGUGUGGGAGGAGAUGGAUGGGAGCCGGAGGUUUGAGAGGUGGAUGGAGCAGUGGAUCGAGGGGGUGGUGAAGAGGAGGAGUGGAACUGUGAGGAUUGUCGCUGGGGAAGUUUUGGUGGAACAAGGGGAAGCCAUAGCCGGGAAGAACAGGAGCUUGCUAGGACAAGUUUGUGAGAGCUUGGAAGCUUGACGAAGUCUCACAAAGCUUGUCAUUCUUUAGUUACCUUUUAACCUUUAUCCCGACAAUUGAAAUUUUUAAAGGGUUCAAAUUUAAUAUUUUACAAAUUGAUAAAUUCCUUGAA